AUGAGCCGCUCACCUUCACCGACGCUCGACCCGGUCGCAGUGAGCGAGGACUUGACCCCUCUUCCAAGCCUGAAACAAGCGGGCAACACACGCAUCGAUUUUGAUGGCCAACUCGCUGAGCCACUAGAGUAUCAUGAAGAUGUACGGACGGGCUGCGGCGGCCAGACAUGGCCAGCUGGAUUAGUGCUUGGGAAGCACAUGCUGCGUUAUCAUAAAGAUGAAAUGCGCAAUGCGAGAAUAUUGGAGCUUGGAGCUGGUGGAGGACUCGUGGGGCUUGCAGUGGCAUUGGGCUGUGGCGAAGAGUGCGAAUUACUCGUGACUGAUCAGCAAGAAAUGCUGGAGCUCAUGGAAACCAACAUUCGUCUGAAUAAGCUCGAGGGCAGAGCGAAGGCGUUGGUGCUGAACUGGGGCGAAACCCUUCCCGAAGCAGUCAGGACGCAGAAACCAAACAUUGUCUUGGCCGCAGAGUGCGUCUACUUUGAACCGGCCUUUCCUUUACUCAUGCAGACGCUCAAGGAUUUGUUUGUGUUGAACGAGGAUGCUGUCGUGUAUUUCUGCUUCAAGAAGCGUAGAAGGGCUGAUAUGCAGUUUGUCAAGUCUGCCAAAAAGGCGUUUCACGUUGAAGAGAUUUUCGACCAAGACCGAUCAGUAUUUCAGCGCCAGGCAUUGUUCCUCUUUUCCUUUAAAAGCAAGCCAAGAAUAAAACAAGGCGGCUGUCGGAGGUGA